AGGUGUUCUGUGGCCACCAUACGCAGUCUGUCAAUCGAAUCAAAGGCGUUGUUAUAAUAGUGGAGUAUAAAGGUUUAAGCAUGGACGCUCGGGUCAGUGUGUCUUGUGGAGUGGACCUGCACUUCGUUUCGGACCUGCCAGAAGCGAUCAUUGAUGCCGGAAACGCUGGGUACAAAUUUGUGGUGGCGGACAUCAGCCAUCCACGAUUACGGCAAGAACAUCUCCAGCCUAAUCCCAAGUCGAUACCUGCACCCUUUGCACGUUCAGACCUUGUGUUACCAUCACAAGAUUGGAGCUCCUUAGUGACCUUGAGGAUUUCCAAAUGGAUUGAUGUAGAUUCGCAUGUUGAAUCCUUCAGGAGAACAUGUGAGAAGGUGCUACACCAGGAGCUGUGCUAUGCAGCACAUGUGGGUGUGCCAGCUAUUAUGGUGGAUGUGCACAGCAGGCAUUGUGUCAACCUGGCUCGAAUUCUGAGCAAUUUCUUAAAGGCCUCUUCUGGCUUCCAGUUGGUAUUUCAGGCCUGGAUUGCUAUUCCCAUGGAGGCACCUUCUGUGCAAAGCCGGCGAUACCUGUGCUGCUUGUCCAAAGAGGAUGCCGAGUGCAACAAUGACAACAACAACAACCUUGACAGCAUAAGUCGUGAUGAUGACCCUUGGGAAUGGUGGAAUGUGAUUAGGGGUGUGGCCGGUCCAGAAAAGCGCAUAGGUGUAGCACUUAGGCUGACUGCUGACAUGCCAUCUGAAGAGACGCUGCGUCGCUGGUUGGGAGAACCUGUGAGAUGUCUAGUGAUGAGCACCUCAGUCUUCCUGACAAACAAGAGGGGCUUUCCUGUUUUACCCAGAACUCACCAAGUAGUUCUUCAUCGGUUUUUCAAGCUUGGAUGCCAGCUCUUGGUUGACGGGAGCUGUCGUCACGAGCACAUGAGUCUGUACUACCAGUACGUCGACCACCUUUACAAAACACAGCCUCCAGAUGACCCUUUGAGUGAAUUUUCCAAAGGGUUUGAAGACUAUCUGCAAAUACCACUUCAGCCCCUGAUGGACAACCUGGAGUCAGUGACGUACGAAAUUUUCGAAAAGGAUCCAGUGAAGUACACAGAGUAUCAGAGGGCAAUCCACCUUGCUCUUAUGGACAAAGGUGCCGAAGCUGGCAAGGACAAAGAAAUUAUCCUCAUGGUUGUGGGUGCUGGAAGAGGUCCUCUUGUCAGAGCUGCACUGCACGCUGCUGAGUCAGCUGAACAAAAGGUUCGCAUCUAUGCGAUUGAAAAGAACCCCAACGCGGUGCAGACGUUGCUUUCGCUGAAGGCCGAGUCGUGGAAGGACCAAGUGACUGUAGUGUCAUGUGAUAUGCGUGAUUUUGAGGCUCCUGAGAAAGCAGAUAUUCUUGUCUCGGAACUGCUGGGCUCAUUUGGAGACAACGAGCUUUCUCCAGAAUGUUUGGAUGGUGCACAGCGUUUCUUGAAAGAUGAUGGAAUCAGUAUACCUUGCCAGUAUACGUCUUACCUAGCACCUCUUCAGUCUUACAAGCUUAUCACAGAAGUUGCAGCAUUAAGAGAAAAGGACAAGCAUCCUCUGACUCCUUAUGAAGUGCCUUACGUGGUGCGUCUUCAUAAUGUGACUCAGCUAUCAGAACAUCAGCCCUUGUUCACUUUUGUCCAUCCAAACAAAGACAAACCGAUUGACAACAGCCGGUACAAGUCCUUGCGCUUCAAGAUUGAUAACACCAGUAUCUUGCAUGGUUUUGCAGGAUAUUUUGAUACAGUGCUGUACAAAAAUGUCACCCUGAGCAUCUGUCCAAACUCUCAUUCCCCUGGCAUGUUCAGCUGGUUUCCCAUAUUUUUCCCCAUCAAGGAGCCUGUCCGUCUGCAAAAGGGUUCUACUGUAGAGGUGCACUUCUGGCGUUGUGUGACUGCACGCAAAGUGUGGUAUGAAUGGCUUGUGUCAGAGCCUGAAGUUGGAGCUGUGCACAAUCCAUCUGGUCGCUCUUACACCAUAGGACUUUGAUUAAUCUCCUAGCCUAGUAUUCUAUGUUAAUGCGAAAAACAGCACAUUGGUUCAUUUUUUUUUUCACUGUCGUGCCUGACAAUAAAAAAUUUUAAAAUAAAGAUAAGAGAAAAACCAAA